UGUACAUAGGUUGUACUCUAUCUGUCAUCAACGAUAUCACUUUCAUUCAUCACCCUCACCACGCACAUACAGAUUCGUCCCAAUCACCAUUGAGUAGUUGCCUUCAUUCACCAUUCAAAAUUAGCUCUAUCUAUCAUUCAUUCAAUCUCUCUAUUGUGGAUUUUCAUUUUUGCAUCCAAGAUAUUGUCAGUUGGGAUUGGUCACUUGAAGUUGGAAAUGGUUAAAAGUUAUGGAGUGUUCUGAUUUGCAAAAGAUAUCAUGUUGCAGUGUUUAGAGGGACUUAAGCCUUUACUUGCUUCGCUAUUGCGUUGUUGUGACAUUGAUAUAUAUAACCAGCCAAGAGGCCUUGAAGAUCCUGAACUUCUUGCUAGGGAGACAGUGUUCAGUGUAAGUGAAAUAGAAGCACUAUAUGAACUCUUCAAAAAGAUCAGCAGUGCUGUAAUUGAUGAUGGGCUGAUAAACAAGGAAGAGUUUCAAUUGGCAUUGUUCAAGACGAAUAAAAAAGAAAGCUUGUUUGCUGAUCGGGUAUUUGAUUUGUUCGACACAAAGCACAAUGGGAUACUAGGUUUUGAAGAGUUUGCUCGCGCUCUCUCUGUUUUCCACCCAAAUGCCCCUAUCGACGAUAAGAUCGAGUUUUCUUUUCAACUGUAUGAUCUGAAGCAGCAGGGUUUUAUUGAAAGGCAGGAGGUGAAGCAAAUGGUAGUUGCUACCCUGGCAGAAUCUGGUAUGAAUCUAUCAGAUGAUGUUAUAGAAAGUAUAAUUGACAAGACUUUUGAGGAAGCAGAUACAAAGCAUGAUGGCAAGAUUGACAAGGAGGAAUGGCGGAACCUUGUUUUGCGCCACCCGUCACUUCUGAAGAACAUGACCCUUCAAUAUCUCAAGGACAUCACCACAACAUUCCCAAGCUUUGUAUUCCAUUCACAAGUAGACGAUACUUGAAGGCAGGCCUAUUAUUCAGUUGAUAAUUUUAUUACCUUUGGUUUCUUUGCCUUUGGGUUGCAGAGCCACCUCUUGUGUAGCAUAGCAGAUAGCUUGAUUUCCUUAUAUUGGUUAUAUUUUUUAUUAAGAUAAUUGGUUUUGCGGAUUCAUCUGCUGUGGUUUAUUUUUCUCAAGAGUCAAGACAGACACCUUUGAUUUUUUUUUGUUUAAACUUCCAGACAAAUUUGUGGUUCCCAUUUCUUUCAUGUGAGAGUCUCAUAUAGCAUUGUAGAGUGGAAAUAGUAUAUUUCUUUUCUUUCAAA